AUGCAUUUUCUCAUCCUAGGUGCAUCUGGCAGAACAGGAAGUCUUGUCCUCGCCGAAGCUCUCUCAAAAAAACACACAGUCACAGCGCUCGCACGCAAUCCCUCCUCCAUCCCCGCAACCCCCGGCCUCACAAUCAUAAAAGGCACACCAUCAUCCUCAGAGGAUCUAGCGGCUGCUUUCACCAGCGGUCCCAAAAUCGACGCUGUACUCGUCACGCUCUCAUCGAGCCGCGCAUCAGAUAGUCCCUUCGCAGCCUCAACCUCUCCCCCAAAUUUCCUCCAAAAAACCAUUUCUACCGUCACCGAAUCAAUGAUCGCUCAUGGCGUUAAGAGAAUCAUCUACAUGUCUGCAUUUGGAGUUGGUUCUUCGAAUGGCGCGUUGUGGUUUCCAAUGCGCAUGUUGAUUAAUAAUUCGACGAUGGGGAAGGUGGGGUUUCAGGAUCAUGCUGCUGCGGAAGAGGUACUCAGGGAGUCGGGGUUGGAGUUUGGUGCUGUGAGGAGUGCGAUGUUGAAGGAGGGGGGGAAGAAGAAGAUUGUGGAGCAUGGGUCUGAUGGGAAGGGCAUGGGUCAUUUGCCUGGUUGUACGAGGGAGAGUGUUGCCGGGUAUAUGGUUGAGAUGGCGGAGAGGAAGAAUUGGGAGGAUAAGAUUGUGGUUAUUUGUAAUUAG